UGAUCACUGUAAUAAGGGAGGAAAAGAUGGAGAACAAAUAACGGAAUUGAGCAUAAAAAUCCAAGUCUGUUAGCUUAUCGACAUUAACCGUGUCGCUGUCACCUCAGUGCUUCCUUAGAAAUAGGCCUAGAUCACAUUCGUUGUGUAAGGACCAUCCGUCAUGUCGUUUUGCGGCUGGUUUAGCGGAGAACAAUACAGAGAUCACUUCGAGACAGGAGUUUAUGCAUGUAAGAAGUGUGGAUAUGAGCUUUUUCAUAGCUCACAGAAGUAUGAGCACUCAUCCCCUUGGCCAGCAUUUACCAAGCUUAUCAACCCGGACUCCGUAAGCAGGACACCUGAGUCAAAAUCAGCCAUGAAGAUCCACUGCGGGAAAUGUGGAAAUGGUUUGGGCCACGAGUUCUUGGGUGAUGGACCAAAGAAGGGCACAAAUCGAUACUGAAUAUUCAGUGACUCAUUGGAGUUUGUAGCCAAUGAGAAUCGUAAAGUGCCCACAGCUGACAGCUGAUCCAAACCCAAGUCCAGGUACUAGAUAUUCCAGCCAGCCAGAAACACUCAGAUCUAUAUCCUGUCUAAAUUUACCUACAAAAGACCAGCAAUGCUACAAAAAAUGGUUUGUUACUUUAGCGUCAGGUAAAAAACAGUAAUAAAAGUAAUAAAGUGAAGUCUGAAUUUCUGACAUGAGUUUGAAAGGGACAUCUAACAGAACAGACAAGAUUUGGAUUUGUGCUUCCAAAAUUCUGUAUUUAACCUUAGUUUUACGGUUAGAUUGCCAUAGAAAUCUACCCACAACAUUUGCUGGACAUGUAAAGUUUGAAAAUAAAUACUAUUGACUAGUCUAUGUUAGCUGUGUUUCUGGCUGUGCUGGAAUUGAUGGCCUGAGGAGAUCGGUGGUGAUGACGCAGACGCCUCUGAGACUGGUGCUGACAGGAUGAAGCUGUCAGGAACAAGCCUGUGAAGGAAAACCUGACAGUGGAGAGACGUCUAGUCAGUGUUCAUUGGUGCUCAAUGACAUUACGGCAGAUCUUAGAUUCUAAAACAUCAUUCCCAUGGUAGCUGUGCCCAAGUGCCCCUAACUGGGCCCCAAGUCUGAAGAAGAGUUGAUGCAGAUUAUAGGGUUUCAGGGAAAGCGAUCCUAUUUACUGAAGAGAAUACCCAAUAUCAUCAUCACAUAUAUAUAAACUGUAAAUUAUAGUUUCAUCGUAAUUGUUCGGGAAAUUAAGAGAAAAUUUGUGAUAUUUAUCCUAAGCAGGACCAGGUCUGUAUCCUACAUUACCUUAACAUGUUAUUGCAGCUAGUAAUUACCGGGUAUAUGAGAUGGUAACCAGUCUUUCAUUACUACAGGUGCUUUCAGCUACUGUUGUGUGGAUGUAAUAUGUUAAUAACCAGCAUUUACCCUGUUAUGUUACAUCUGUGAUAAAAACUUUCGAUGACUGUACAGGUAACUUUUAAUGACUGUACCUGUAACUUCUGAUGACUAGUCUACACCUGUAACUUUUGAUGAGUGUAUCUGUGACUUAUGAUGACUAUACCAGUCCUGUAACUUUUGAAGACUGUACCUGUAACUUUGUAUAACUUACCUGUAACUUUUGAAGACUGUACCUGUAACUUUGUAUAAAUUACCUGUAACUUUUGAUGACUGUACCUGUACCUUUUGAUGACUAGUCUACACCUGUAACUUUUGAUAACUGUACCUGUAACUUUUGAUGACUACCUGUAACUUUUGAUGACUGUACCUGUAACUUUUUAUAACUACCUGUAACAUUUGAUGACUGGACCUGUAACUUUUUAUAACUACCUGUAACAUUUGAUGACUGUACCUGUAACUUUUGAUGACUGGACUUAUAACUUUGAUGAUUGUGUAACUGUAUAGUUUAAGUAAGUUAUACAUACAUGUACAUUUGAAUGUUACUGAAAUUAUCAAUUUCUUUUUAUAGAACUCUUAAGAGUUCACUUAUUGUUUUGGAGUCCUUCAAUAAAGAUGUGGCCCACUGUGCAAAAGGGCCUUAAAUUCAUACAAAAAAAAUGUUUUGACAGUAUUUAUGACAAAAGUCUGAAAAUCUUUGACCUUUGAGGAGAUAUGUGUAUACAUGUAUAUACAUAUCGUUUCGUGAGUGCAUAUUGUUGUAGCCCUAUAGACAGCCCCAACCCCUGACAUACCUUGUUUUAUUCAUACAUUUAAAUGCUUUCCAGGUUUAAAUGUAAUCAAGUUGAAAUAUUUCCUGUGUGUGUGAUAUUAUAGGCAUGUUAAUGGAAGUGAGUGUAUGCUGGCAUCAUGAAAUUGUUGACAGCACAUAAUUGUUGUGUUCAUGGUAUUAUCAUAUUGUUGAAGUGUUGAGAGCAUAGCUAUAUUUGUCUUGCCAACUGUUUUCUAAUGAAACUACGAAAUUUAGUUAUUGUGCAGCAUUAUACUUAUCUGUCCAUAUACCGGGAGUAAUUAUGUAAUCUUAGUAUAGGAGGUCACUGUAGCCAAAGGUUUGUAACUAUAAACAAAUUUUGUAGCAUUACAAAUUUUAGUACAUAUACUUGUACACCUAUUCUUCCUGUGGUUGGUAUUAUCUGUCUAGUCCACUAGCUGUACCAGUUGUUUAUAUAAAGUGGGCAGUCACAUAAUUCCACAGAGAAACUUCUCAGGAUGCAAUUUUUUGCUUGGGUUUUCUGUCAGGAGCAUGCAGACAGCUCAUCCAGUCUGUUGGUUUUGCUUUGUUUUGACCUUUUUUAUGCAAUUUUUAUCUGUGAUGUAUGUAACCACACCUUCUCUAUAAAUGAUUCUGGAUAAUAUGUUUUAUUAUGGAAAUCCCCGUGGUGGUACAGCCAUAGGUGCGGGGGAUGGGAAAUCCCCGGGGUGGUACAGCCAUAGGUGCGGGGGAUGG